GAGGCCCACUUUUGGAAAGAAGUCCGUCUAACUUCCCAUAAAUGCCUUGAGAAUCUUCUUCGUCAUCUUUCUCUCUGAAUUUCCAUUUUUACUCAGUCAACCGAUGUCUUUGUACCCUUCGACUUCAUCUUCAACACGUUUUUGUACAAUGGUGAGCCCUCUUCUCUCUGAUUCCUCUGUUGACUUCCACAAUCCUAUUCAUUAUCUGGAUUUUACAAAACCCUCUUCCCCUUUUCGGAUUACCAUCUAUUUUCUUCUUCUUCUUCUUCUUCUUCGCCGCCAAUGGCGUGCCGGAAUCUCCUCCGGCUGUGUUUUCCAUCUAUCCUGUUUCUUGUUUUGAUCUUCUUUCCGACAGGAGAGGCAGAGGCUGAUCUUGCGUCGGACACGGCGGCGCUGGUGGCGCUUCAGAAGGCCAUGGGCGUUUUGAGCCGGACUCGCUAUUGGAACCUCUCCGAGAAUACUCCAUGUUUGUGGCUUGGCGUUACUUGCGGCGGCGGGAGGGUUACUGAACUGCGGCUUCCCGGCGUUGGUCUCGUCGGCCAACUUCCUUUAGGGCUUGGAAAUUUGACUCAACUUCAAACCCUAUCUCUUCGUUCUAACAUGCUUUCAGGUUCUAUUCCGUCUGAUUUUGCAAACCUCCGUUCCCUUCGGAACCUCUACUUGCAACGGAACUCGUUUUCCGGCGAGAUUCCGCCGGUUCUGUUCAGUAUUCAGAGUCUUGUUCGCCUGAAUUUGGCGCACAACAAGUUCAUCGGUCCGAUUUCAUUAGGUUUCAAUAAUCUCACGAACUUACAGGUUCUCAAUUUGGAAGAGAAUCAACUCGAUGGAUUUAUUCCUGAUUUAAACAUUCCCUCGCUCAAUGUUCUCAAUGUUUCUUUCAAUCGUCUCAACGGCUCAAUCCCUUCUCAAUUUUCCAAUCAACCAGCCAGUGCCUUUAACGGCAACUCACUCUGCGGGAAGCCACUGAGCCCUUGCGACGGCAAGGAGAAAAAAUUAUCCGCUGGAACAAUCGCCGGAAUUGUCAUUGGAAGUUUGAUUGCAUUCUUGAUCAUCAUUCUGAUUUUGAUCUUUCUGUGUCGAAAGACGAUCAGGAUUAAUCGGCCGACUGAUGCUCAGACGACGGCGACGACCUCCGGGAGAUUGUCGUCAGAGGUUGAGAAUGUGGUCGGCGGAAGUCAAGUAGCUGGGAAUGAGAGGAAUUUGGUGUUCUGUAGGAAAGGAGAGAAUGUGUUUGAUUUGGAGGAACUGUUGAAAGCUUCUGCAGAGGUAUUGGGGAAAGGAAGUUUUGGGUCAACUUACAAGGCAGCUCUUGAUGUGGGGAUAACUGUUGUGGUUAAGAGAUUGAGAGAUGUUAAAGUUUCAGAGGAGGAAUUUAAGGAGAAGAUUGAAAACUUGGGGAUGAUGAAUCAUCAGAACUUAGUUCCUAUUAAGGGUUACUAUUAUGGCAGAGAUGAGAAGCUUCUGCUGUGUGAUCAUGUCUCCAUGGGAAGCUUAUCUGUACAUUUACAUGGUAACAGAGAUCCUAGUAGGACUCCAUUGAAAUGGGAAGCAAGGGCUGGCAUUGCACUUUCAGCCGCUCGGGGGAUUACGUAUCUACAUUCUCGACGACCUCCCACCUCUCAUGGCAAUAUAAAGUCUUCAAACAUUCUCCUCCACAGAUCCCAUACAGCUUGUGUCUCUGACUUUGGUCUCAUUCAAAUUGCAAGUCCUACAUCCACUCCAAACCAUGUUGCAACCUACCGCGCCCCCGAAGUCACCGAUCCUCGAAAGGUAUCCCUGAAAGCAGAUGUUUACAGUUUUGGUGUGGUAAUUCUAGAGCUUCUAACAGGGAAGGCUCCGAACUCCGCAAUGCUCAAUGACGAUGGCAUAGACCUCCCGCGAUGGGUGCACUCGAAAGUCGAAGAGAAGAAAACUGCUGAAUUGUUCGAUGAGGAGCUGUUAGAAUACAGUAAUGGCUUGGAUGAAAUGGUUCAACUUCUGCAUCUUGCCAUGUUAUGUACAGCACCACACCCGGACAGUCGCCCUUCGAUGGUGAAGGUGACGAGUCGAAUCGAUGAAAUAUAUCAUUCGGUCUUACUGAAAGAACAAGAUAUGAGCAACGACAAGUUUUAUGACGUGGGUAGUACUGUUUCUCAGCAAUUUUACUCAGCUGAUUCGAUCAUGGUUCCUCUUCCACCUUCAAUCUAGCAAGUUAUAGAACUAAUUGAACAUAAAAUUGUUUGUUGAUUCUUUGGAUUUAUGUCUCUUUUGUUAUAAACCUUGGUUUUUUCAUCACAUUUUUACAUUUUCUUCGUAAUUUAAAACCAUGUUAUUGGUCGUGUUUCAAAGAUUCACCAAGUCAUUGUUUGUGUAUUGUUUAUUGACUUUGGCUGUGUCUAAGAUUAUUCUUUGGCCUA